AUGACACCAACAGUUGGGCUCAAGAUUCCGUCUCGGAUCGUGGCUGCACGUGCUGCGACCACAACUGCGUGUAUCGAUAAAAACUUCUGCGAGAAGCCCGUCGGUGGAUCUUCAACGACCCUUGCCAUCAUUCUGGGAGUAUGCGUCCCAAUCGUCGUGGCCUUGAGCAUUCUCUUCUACCUUCACCGGAGGAAUGUCAAGAAACAGCGUCUGGAAGACCUCAAUGACCCCCACAAGUCGCUGGAUUUUGGUCUGGAAGACGGCGGCACUGCCAAAGGUUCACGCAAGAGCUUGAUCAGCAGGGAGAAGGACGGCCAGUCGCGGUAUAACCGCCAACAGAUGUCGAUGGAUAUGAAUCUAUCCAGCCCCUACCUUCUUCCCCCCGAGAUUCAGCAGUCCCGAGAGUCUCUCAACUCCCUGGCCAAAACGCUGCACCAGAACGAGGACCCAUACAGACCAGUCACACAGUACGCUGGAAGUGAGGUUGGCUCGAUCCGCUCGUUCCCGAGGGGACAUGAAGCCGCCUCCAUAUACAGUCGUCGGUCAAGCAGCCGCGCAGAUGUUCCCCCACCUCUGCGAUCUCCUGGUCCGUACAGUUCUCCUUCACGGCAGAACUCGGGUUCGAAGUCCCCAAUUCAGCUUCCUGAGCCAAGUCACAGGAGACCGGAGCCGCCCAUGCCAGAGCUCGAUUCUACACCAGCAAGCGCCACUCCUGCCGGUCACCUGCCUCCCAUCGGAACUGCCAUUUCCGACCCGCCCCGGGACCAGGACGAGAGCCUAGCCCUCAAAACGAUCCAACAGCCGCCCGCUGUAGCGCAAAAGUCGCUGCCGUCUCCUUCGCAGCCAAGCCCGGCCGAUUCUGGAGUUGCCGUGGACUACGAAGAUAUUGAUAACCCGUUCGAGAAGCCUGCAGUGCAAGUGGUUGAGGCUCCCAGCGAGCCAGCCACCGUGGGUCUCGGGUUCAGCGCUCAUGCAGAGCUGCAGCGGGCUUCCAUUCAGUCAACAUCCUCGUAUGGGGACAGCCGACCUACGAGCCUUGCACAGAACACGGCCCAGCCCAGCUUAGCCACGGCGCCAAUCAUCGAGGAGCCAGAGCCCCUGAACUACUAUGACUUUGACUUCGCUGAUAUGCCGGAAAUGCCUCGCGAUCAGCGCUCGCCCUCUCCCGCAAACGGCGCUGGACACCUCGACGUGGACGAGCCAAGGGGCCGGAGUAUGCAGAGGACCUCGCAGCUGUUUGAGCAGCAAAACACAUCCCGCCAGAGCGGCUUGGGUGUCCCUCAGCAGGACAACCGCCGUCUCUCGGUUGGCUUCCGGCCCCUGCCACCCGACGAGAUUAUGGAGUCGGAGGACCCUGAGUACCGAGCGAAUCGCAUCCGUUCGUUCUACAAGGAGUACUUUGACGAGACGAGGCCUGAAGAUAGGCCGCCUAUGCCGUCGAUUCCGCAGCAUCAUCAAUACCAGCAGCGUCAGCAUCCGCAGCACCAGCACCACCAAAGCAACACAAGCUACUAUGAGGACUACGAUGCGAAUUACGCUGCGGAUGCCCCUUAUUUCGAUCCUGCAAGCAACUCGUUUGUCAUGCCUUACGCGGAGCCCGUGUCUCGCCGGGCCAUGACGCCCCCCCCGUCAGGACAAAGGUUCCCAGGUCCGAGAGGGCCACCGCGUGCAUACCACGGAUCUCAGGCGGGCAUGAGGUUCCCGCCGAACAUGCGUGGUCCUCCUCGGCCGGGCUCGUCGGUGUCUAACCAGCACGGCCAUCACUCCCGCCCUGGAUCAUCGGCCUCAGGUCCUUAUGGGCGGCCGCGUGCCGGCUCAGCCAUGUCCGGCAGCCGCUCUGGAAGCCGAUUCGGCGGCCCCCGGAAGCCCAUACCCCCUCCUGCCGAUCUCCCUACGCUGCCCACCCCAUCCAAGCUCAAGGACGAUUCCUUCGCCCUCCUUAACGCCGCCGACUUUGCUCCGCCCGAGACGUUCGCAGAGCGUGCCCGCGGCCGAUCUCAGAGCCCUGUUGGCGAGCGUCGUCCUUACCAGAUGAAGGUGCCUGCCCACUCGCCGUUGGUCAACGCCUAUGAUGAGCUUGCCGCUCUUCCCAGCCCGCAUCUCCUCCGCAAGUCGGGCACUUUCACCGGCCUCGACUUUGCUCCGCCACGCAAGUUCGCCGAUGCCGACUCCCGCAGCGAUGCAGGCUCGAUCCGCAGCAACCGCAGCGGCCUCUCGGCGGUGCACGCUCAGGCCAUCCGCUCUGGCGCCGGACGUGUCAGCAGGCUCCCCGGCGACCAGGUCUUCACCCAAGCAGCCAUGUCCAAGACGCUGAAGCCGCAGUGGGGAAUGCGUGAUUAA